UAUUCCCAGUCUCCAGCCAUGAGUGACGGGGUUGAUAUUCUACAGGCUCAGCUUGCCACUACACCACUAAGCUCCUCGGACGAGCUGGAGAACUCAGGCCGAAGUAUACCGGUGAAGCUUCAACGGACUGGCCAAGCAGGCCAGUACCUCAUCACUGCCGAGGAUACUGAGUUACUGCGAGAAAUACUGUUCCACAGUAUUGAAAAGGGCAAAACUGGCUCAGAGAAGCGCCGUUUUCGCUUUCGAGAUCUCAAGUACACGCGGCAAAGAAGUACUUUCGACCGUCAGAAUCCGAAGAUCAGCUCAUCAGAGUUCCAUGGAUUAUUCACUCUGUUCUGGCUCGGCGUGGCUAUGCUGUUGGUGAAAGUCGCUGCUAACAACUGGAGAACUCACGGCACCAUCUUUGGUAAGAAUGAGAUUGUCAAGUUGAUGCUCCAUAAAGACGUUUUGGUCCUUGGCUUGACCGAUUUCGUUCUUUGCUGGUCGACGUUCUUUUGUCUCGCGCUCCAGAACGUGAUUCUCCAAGGCUACGUGCGAUGGAGUGGAAUGGGGUGGGUCAUUCAAAAUGUUUGGCAGACAGCAUAUCUUGCGGUCGCUAUUUGGUGGACAUACCAUCGCGACUGGCCAUGGACACAUACUGUCUUUAUAGUAAUCCAUGCAUUGACGAUGUUGAUGAAGCAACAUAGCUAUGCCUUCUACAACGGCUACUUGUCGGAAUUGUACCGAAAACGAGAGCUGUUGAACAUUCGGCUGAAACAACUGGAAAAACAUAGCAGCAAGAACUCUGUAUCUACUGGCCAGACUUCUGCUUUACAAACAGGUUUCAAUUCUGAAAUCACCAAUCUAGAAGUCUCUCAAAAUUACCGUCGGCGCUCCAUCGACACGCAGGGCUUCCAAGAUUCCCGUGGCCCGGACCAGCUUCUAUCGCUUGCUGAAUCUAUCGAGAAGCGGACCCCACUGGAACCUGCCCAGAUCGUAUCUCUCAAAACCUUGCUGGAACAAGAGGUGGAACUUUUGACCGAAGGGCUUCGAGGCCAGUCUUCUCCCGCUAAUUAUUCCAGCCACUAUCCUCAAAACUUGACUGUGGGCAACUUCUGUGAUUUUGUAACUCUGCCCACGCUUGUGUAUGAGCUUGAAUAUCCACGAACUGAGCGAAUUGACUGGCUCUAUGUCGCCGAAAAGACGGCCGCUACCUUUGGCACCAUCCUGGUCAUGAUUGUCGUCUCCCAGUACUGGAUCUACCCGGUGGUUAUGAAAACCUUACGCAUGAAGGAGGAACUAACACUAUACGAGAGACUGCAGGAAUUUCCCUGGGUUCUUAGCGAUUUGAUUUUCCCCUUCAUGAUGGAGUACAUUUUGGCCUUCUACGUGAUCUGGGAGUGUGUGCUCAAUGCCAUCGCCGAGGUCACGAAGUUUGCAGAUCGUGGAUUCUACGCAGACUGGUGGAACACCGUUUCAUGGGACCAGUUUGCGCGCGACUGGAACCGCCCCGUACACAGCUUUCUGCUACGGCAUGUGUAUCACAGCGCGAUCAGCUCAUUUUCCCUGUCACGCAACUCAGCUAGCUUGAUGACUUUCUUCCUAUCUGCAUGUGUUCAUGAACUCAUCAUGCUGUGCAUUUUCCGGCGUCUUCGCGGUUAUUUGUUGAUUCUCCAAAUGUUCCAGCUGCCACUCGUCUCACUGAGCCGGACUCGUUUGAUGCGAGGCCGCAAACUCGUAGGCAAUAUCUUUUUUUGGCUGGGUAUUUUCACGGGCCCAAGUCUGCUGUGCAGUUUGUAUUUGAUUAUUUAG